UGCCAGCGGCGGUCCUCACCCUGCCUUCUGUUUCUCGUCGCCUGUCACAGCCUUUGAGCAGCGUUCAAGCUCGGACAGACAGCAGUCCAGUCAACGCUGCGGGGGAACUCGUUAGCCGGUCUGGUGGCACUUCCACGCACUGAGAUGCCAGGAAAGUCGCGCUUCAGCAGUAGAGCUCGUCGAGGCUUUCGCUGUGAUUUUUGAGAAGCAUCUCUGUGAAAGAUAGUACAGUUUGUCACCGUUAGCCGGCUGCACAGGUGUGAAAAGUCAGUGUCAUGACUGGAGCUGAGACUGAGGAUGAUAUUCCAUUAGGUGAAAGGAAGACUGUCACAGACUUCUGCUAUCUCCUGGACAAGUCCAAGCAACUCUUCAAUGGGCUACGAGACCUUCCUCAAUAUGGACACAAGCAGUGGCAGUCCUACUUUGGGCGGACCUUUGACGUCUACACUAAGCUAUGGAAAUUCCAGCAACAACACAGGCAGGUUCUGGACAGUCGGUAUGGACUGAAGAGAUGGCAGAUUGGUGAAGUUGCAUCCAAAAUUGGACAGCUUUAUUACCACUACUACCUUCGUACCUCAGAAACAAGUUACCUGAAUGAGGCCUUUUCAUUCUACUCAGCCAUUCGUCAGCGCUCCUACUACUUUCAGGUCAACAAAGAGGACAGGCCUGAAUUAGUAGUGAAGAAGCUUCGUUAUUAUGCUCGCUACAUAGUCGUCUGUUUACUUUUAAACAAGAUGGACCUUGUCAAAGUUUUGGUGAAGGAGUUAUCUGAGGAAAUUGAAGACUACACACAGCGUUUCAACACAGAGGACCAGUUGGAGUGGAACCUGGUUCUGCAGGAAGUGGCAGCUUUUAUAGAGGCAGAUCCUGUGGUAGUUCUGAACGACAACAAUUCUGUCGUCACCAUCAGCAAUCGGCUGCAGGAGGGAAGUGUGCCUCCACUGGAACAAGGCAUGGUGGUUGGGCAGCUCAUCCUUGCUGACGCACUAAUCAUCGGCAACAGUAACAACCAGGUGAAGUUCAGUGAGUUAACCAUAGAUAUGUUCCGCAUGCUUCAAGCUUUGGAGAGGGAACCAGUAAACCUGGCCACACAGACCUCCAAGCAAGGAACGAUGGAACCCAACGAAAAGCCAGCGAAGAGAGAAAACCCUCACAAGUAUUUGCUGUAUAAGCCAACCUUCAGCCAGCUUUUUACUUUCUUGUCUGCCUCUUUUAAGGAGCUACCUGCUAACAGUGUUCUGCUCAUCUACCUGUCAGCUACUGGAGUCUUCCCUACUGGGCAUUCAGAUUAUGAGGGACCAUAUGAUUUUGGAGGAGUUCUCACAAAUACAAAUCGAGAUGUGGUGAAUGGAGAGACGGUGCAGAAGAGGAAUCAGGCCCAGAAGGAAAUGCAUUGCCUUCAUCCAGGAGACUUAUUCCCUUUCACCCGGAAGCCUCUUUUUGUCAUUGUGGAUUCUUCAAACAGCACGGCCUACAAGAAUUUUACAAAUCUAUUUGGCCAGCCCCUGGUGUGCCUACUAUCACCUACGGUAUAUCCCAAGAGUGUACAAGAUCAGUCUCAGCGUGGGAGUCUCUUCACUCUGUUCCUCUACAGUCCGCUCUUGGCUUUCUCCUCCGUGUGUGGCUUAAACAGUGUGCAACGAGGUCUUUGGGAAAGAGCUCAAGAAUUCCUUCGCAAAGUGUACCGUGACAUUGGGCAGAUGCUAACACGAUCGCGGACCAUAGAUCAAGCCUUUUUGCAGUUCUUUGGUGACGAGUUCCUGCGGCUGCUGUUGAUCCGCUUUGUGUUCUGCUCCGCUGCACUGAGACUGCAUAAACUCUUUCGGGAAUCUCAGAGUUUCCCGGAAUCCUAUCCAGAGCUCCCCAAACAGGACACAGUGGAGAGCAGCCUUCUACAGAAGCAUAUUUUGGAGCUGGCGACCAUGCUGGACGUGCAGAGCUUAUUUUGGGAUGAUUCACUGGAAGCCUACUAACAUCUUCACACAGGGCAGUAUGGCGUAUAUGUAAAUACAGACUCCACUGCCAAAGCCCUCAUGGUCAUUUUGUUUUUUAACAGGUAAUGAAAAAAAAAAAAACCCAACAUGCAAGUUCAUGUCCUCCAUGUAAGUGUUAAUGUCAUGCAACAGAAAGAUGUUCACAUAGUUUCUUCUCAUAAAUUCCCCAUUUUGACUCUCAUUGGCUUGCCUGGUAAAUAUGAGCAACAUAAGAGUAAAACAAAUGAGACGCUCCACAUUACUGUUCAACUUACUAGUUCUUGUUUAUCAGCUUCUAACUUUUUUCAUGACAGCAGACUAUCAUCAAGAUGAUAACAGCCUUGGUAGUUUGUUGUAAAAAGAUUUUUCAUCAUUUAUUAACGUAAAGGAACAAAGUAAGGAAACAUUCUUGGCAGCUUUCAUGUGGUUUUUGAUCCACCUGUAAAAAAGACAAGCAUGGUAGAGCUAAAAAUGCAUCAGGAAAUGUAAUAGUUAUUAUAUGAGCACAUUAUUCACCAAAAAUAUUAUUAGUGCUGGAGUUUUGUGUUUGCCAAACAGCGCUUGGUGUAUCAACUUGCAGCACGCUAAAGGUGCAUGAGGUUUUGUUUCGCCACAUGUUGUUAGUUAGUCGCUUUCAUAUCAUUAACAAACUAAUUCGGAGACUUUUUUUUUCAGCCUUGUGUGACGUGAUAGUGCUUCAUUUCCCAUUUCACUGUGCUGUACUUGCAUGCUAAAAAAGGCAAAGACGUGUGUCAGUUAGUGUGCUCCAAAGAGGAUGCUCCACCACACAAAAGAAAUUGUAGAUGUUCAGAUGACUUGGAAUGAGAAAGUAAAGGGAAGUAGUGCAUGUGUUGCAUGGGCCUGUACAGUUUAGUUAGUCAAUUGGUGAAGACAAUCUAGUGAGAGGUGGGAGAGGUGGUGACCUGUCAGAGGUUCAAAUUGUUGUGCUUUCUGAUAACACAGAUCGUUACUUUUAUUACUGAAAUGGCUAGGCACCUGUUAUCUUCAUGACGACAGCAUUAACGUGUGGCCUGCCACCUAAUCAGAACAUUCUUAGCUGCUUUCUUAUAAAGCACAAGAAAUACCAGUCGUGCUCCUCUCGCUAUGUCCUUAAGUCAUUGUUGUCACCAUACUGGCUGGUGGCUUUCACUCCUUUAAGCUCAAAGAUGGUUCCAGGCAACUUUGCACCGCAGGAAUUCAGGGCUGCCCCAAAAGUUGACUAUGAAUGCCAAUUUAUCAGGAUCCUAAAAGCAAAACUUAUGGCUUUCUGGAUGAGCUUUGUUUCUACCCUUGCCUGUGGCCCCAAGCUGCAGGGAGUGACUUUAGAGAUUAUAGCCCAGAGCUUCCUUUGAACCAACUGUGGUGUCUCGUGGCGAUAAACCGCAUUCACACUGGAAGUGAUUCCUACCAACAUAUCGAUGAGAAACCACAGAAAGUGAACAGUAUUUAGUGACUAUGGGUUUAAAAACAUGCUGGCGACGCAACUUCCAGGUGAGCGACUUAAAUGACCACCAAUGAGAAUGAAGAAUACUGUUGAUUGACAAAUGACCUGGUAUUAAAUACAUUAGAGGCUCACCUAAGUGAUCGGGCAUCAGCUUCAAUGCAAUGUGCAACGAAUGAGUCAGUCAGAAGAGCCUCAGAGUACGGCUUCUGCUCCUCCACAUCGAAAGGAACCACGUUAAGUUGUUCCAGCAUUUGACUUAGAUGCCUGCUAGGUGAGGUGCACAUCCUACAGGGAGAAAAAACCAUGACAGUCCCAGGACCCGCUGGAGGGUCGAGCUUCCCUGCAAUCUCUGCCAAAACUACAGCCUUCAAAUCCUAGACCCAUAGAUGGAUAUUAGAAUCCCUAUUAGCUGUGUCUUAAAGGAAAGCUAAUCUUAGUGGGGUCCAAACUACAUUAAUAUCAAAUCCAUAUGAGAACUUGCAUAGCACAGUACUAAAACUUCAUAAAAGCAUACAUAAAUGUAUAAAAAAGAGCAAUUUGACAUAUCUGCGAUCAGUUAUAUUAGUGUCUGUUGCAAAUUUUGCACAUUUGUUUGUGCUUUAAAAGCAUUAGACUGCUACGUAUAGACUUUGGCUUUUGUUGUUGAAAUCUUAGAGUUUAUCCAGUGAGUGAGUCCCCAGUAGGUUGUAAGGGCUGCUAAUGCAGUAGGUUUGUUAGCGAUCCUGGAAACUGUAGCAGUUCAGAAUGAAUACUAAAGAGAAUGCUGCACUAGACCAGCCUGCGAGUUCCUGCAGUGGAAAACCGCCUCCCAUUUGCCAUUAAAUGUUUAAUUCUCAAUUCACAAUCUGUCUCUCACAGAGGCUUGGAGGAAUUUUAGCUCAAUUUUACCUCCGACUUAUUGGUAGCUUUCUUUGUUUGAUUAUUUAAUUGUCUUUUAGAGAAAACGUUUGAUGUUUUUGGUCACACUGAAAUGCAUUCAUUGUUGAUUUGGUCUUUUUAUGUGAUUAUUUGUGAAUAGAAGUGUGUGUAUAUAUAUAUAUAGUAUAUAACAUCACCAACCAGUUCCAUUGAAACCUCUAACAUCUAAGAGGUAUUAGCUAAAAAGAAAAAUUGUCUUUAUAUAUUCAAACUUUCAGUAUUACAUUGGCUAAUAUGCAUGCCUCAUAUCUUUAAUGUAGUGGGGCAGAUGUAAAAGGUCCAAAGGUUUAUCAGGAACUGCUGUCGAUUUAUUCCUGGCAGCAGCAGGGGAAAGUGACUGCACAUGGCUGCUGAAAUUUAACUGCACUUGUUGAAAUGUUGGAAUGAUACAGCAAUGCAAGAAGCAGCUGGUUGAAAUGACAUUUGACUUUUUAGUGUUGAUUUUUUUGUUAUUGCCACCAUUGGAGUGUGCACACAUGAUGUAUAAUAGUGUUGCGCAGAGAUGUGUUUGUUCAGUAUUUUGCAAGACUAUGUAAUCCAUAAUGAAAUAUGAAGUUAAAGCGAGGAGGAGCAACAUGGUAAAGAGGCCAGUUUGUUCUUUGACCAUUUUUCUCUAGUUACAUUCCAGCUUUCCGAGGAUGUGAAGAGAGGCAGAGGACGAGUGUUUUCUCAGUGUUACAUUUGUCUAUGGAAGUCAGCUGUUUCUACAUUUUCUUUUCUUUUUACCGUAAUGUGUUUCCUGUAUUGACAGUUAUGACAUUUAAAAUAUUGUAGGCUUGCACUUUAUGAGAUUUAAUGUUCUUCUGAUCUUGUUAGUUGUUCUUUAGUCCAGAAAUUGAAAAAUACUUUCAUGUUGUUGUUCUUCAUACCAGCCCUACACACUGGUGACCUUCUUUCUCUUGAAGAGUAAAAGUUACGUGGGUCACUGAUUUUAAACUUUUCAUCUUUUGUCAUGUUUUUAAUAGCAGUUGGCUGUAUUAAGUAGGCAGCAAUAACAUGUCAUUUACAUGUGUGAAAAAGAAUGAGAAAGAUUUCUGUGGUGCUCAAACGUAAUGCUGUUGGUGAGGAUUGCAAUACCAAUGAUGUUUUCUAACACUUUGUAUCAAUGGUACACAGUAAAUCCUCAAACACUGCAUACUGACAAUUUGUCAGGUACUAUUCCAAAAGUCUUGUUUCUGUGUUGUUAUAACUUCUUACUGUACAUUCAGUUCUCAGAGCUCAAAAGAUCUCUGAAAAGGUUCAACACUUUGGCCUGCUGACACAAAAUUAGCAUUUUUCUAUUGGAAAAUAACCCCAAACACAAACUGCUGCUGCCCCUUCAUCGGAAUUAUAACGACGAAACCUGAUAAAUAAAAGAAACGAAGAACGUAACUUUGAGCUUCUGUUAACCGUUUGUGGAACUUCUGUUUCUGUUGUUCAUGUUCAAAACAUCACCACAAAUGCAACAUUUGUUAUGUAGCAGCACUUGGAUCAUUGAUGCAAACAGUGUGUAUUAUUUAAAGUUGCCGCUCACAGAUGUUUCCUGAAACUUGUUUUUUUUUUUUUUUUGGGGGGGGGUUCAUGUUGCAGUCAAUUUUAUACUACUCUACCCAGCAGCGUAUGAAGCAUGGUGCGAUAACAUGUUUAUAACAUUCUGUAUGAUGGAAAUGGGUCGUGAGUCACAUGAUUUAAUGGCUAUGUGAAGACUAGAUUGUUAAAAUGUUUUUUGGUGCAAUAUUCUCGAGGUAAAUUCACUGCACAUUUUUUAU